CGCCGGCGCCUUGCACCGCCUCCGCCGCCAUGGAAUCCAACAGGGACGAGGCGGAGCGCUGUAUUGCUAUCGCGGUGGCCGCUAUCAAGGCCAACCAGACGGAAAAGGCGCGUCGCUUCCUGGAGAAGGCACAGCGCCUCUACCCAUCUCAACGUGUCCGCGUGCUGCUUGACUCUCUCAUUAGGAAUGAGCAGUCCUCCAAUGGCCGCUCCCCGCCCAAGGAAUCCACAAAGCCCAACCACAGGAAAAUGAGUGGCGAAUUUCCUUCUGCCAAUGGAGAGGCAGGUGGAGACACUACUAAAGGUUACACUCCAGAUCAGGUAGAUGCGGUUAAGAGGGUAAAGCAAUGUAAAGACUAUUAUGAAAUUCUGGGAGUAAGCAGAAACGCCUCCGAUGAGGACCUGAAAAAAGCUUACCGGAAAUUAGCAUUGAAAUUUCACCCCGAUAAGAAUCAUGCACCAGGUGCUACGGAGGCCUUUAAAGCCAUUGGUAACGCUUACGCAGUAUUGAGCAAUCCGGAGAAGAGGAAGCAGUACGACCAGUUCGGAGAUGCCAAAGUCAGCCCCACACGGCAUGGACACGGCCCUCCGGACUUCCACCGAGGGUUCGAGGCCGACAUUUCCCCCGAGGACCUCUUCAAUAUGUUCUUUGGUGGUGGUUUUCCUUCUAGCCCUACUCUUAAUAGAGAGCCCAGAGGAAGAAGAUCCUGGGAGUGCAGCACCCCUGCCCGCAACGGGAAGCCUCCGAGAGUGGUGGAGUCUGCCUGGAGGGAACGCCGGGGAGAGCCACGUAACGUUCAUGUAUAUAGCAAUGGCAGGAUGCGAUAUACCUAUCACCAGAGGCAAGACAGACGAGAACACCAGGGCGAUGGUGGCCUCGGGCUGUUUGUCCAGCUGAUGCCUAUCCUCAUCCUUAUCAUCGUUUCCGCGCUCAGCCAGAUGAUGGUCUCCAGUCCACCGUACAGCCUGAGCCACAGACCGUCUGUCGGCCAUAUACACAAGAGAGUGACGGAGCACUUGAAAGUGGCCUACUACGUAGCUGACACCUUUGCAGAAGAGUACACUGGUGCAAACCUGAAAAACGUGGAGAGGAGUGUGGAAGACGACUACAUUGCAAACCUCAGAAAUAACUGCUGGAAGGAGAAACAGCAGAAGGAAGGCUUACUGUACCGGGCACGUUACUUUGGAGAUUCAGACCUGUAUCAGAGGGCGCAGAAGAUGGGUACGCCGAGCUGCAGCAGGCUGUCGGAAGUGCAGGCGUCCUUGCAUGGAUAGCUGUCGUGGAAGGGCUCCACAGAGGUCAAAACUCUUCAGAUGCCUGCAGACUUGGGAGGAAGUGAACUGAGCCAAGGAGAUGAUCUAAAGAAUCAGAUCUUAAAUUAAAAAUGGAAUUGGAGAAUCAGCAACGCACAACUGCCCUGCCCUCUCUCUCUCAGUCUCUCUCGCUCUCUGCCCAGCAUUAGAUCUGGACAUUCCUUAGAACAGAAGGAAGAAUCCUUCCCUUCCUCCACUAUCCAACUGCCAUGCCCCUUUCAGGAUCCAGAGGUCCUGAGAGCCAAGUGUCUUUGUUUUCUUUUUCUUUUCUUUUUUGCAAGCCUGCAGGGGCAGCAGUGGGGGGGGGGAGCAGCAGUAAGCAGCAGGAGACCUUCCGUCUGCAGUGGCCCUGGUCCCCAUCCGAGAGGGAGUGACGAAAAAUCAGUUUUAAAAACAGGAGAAGUAAUUUAGAAUUAACUUAUAACUGUAAAUAUGUUGUACUUCUAAACUAUGCAGGGAUAGAAUUAAAUUAUUUCAUUUUUGCGGAACUUCACAACCCAGGACGGGUGCAUUUUAGCCUCCCCCCCUCCCCGUUUAUCGGUCUGACCCUACAAACACCUUUCCUACUUAAGGCAGCCUUAUUUGAGGACAUGGAUUUUUCUUUUAUUUAAGUGGCUUUUUCUGAAGGAGGAGGCGUGUAGACGCCAGCCUGCAGUUUUUUCACUCUGCACAGGCAUCCUGGCCCUGGUGUUUCGCGUGGGACUUAUUAUUUAUUUUUCUUUAUGGCA